AUGCUGCAAUCGACUACAUCAAGAGGUCGUUCGCUUGAGAAUAGACUUGACAAACAAGCCGAAAGUCAAGAAAUUUUCAAACCUGGGACGAACUUCUCGAUCGAAAAAGAUACUACUUCUCUUCCCAAUAGUCAAAUUAGUACAGACAAUGAGUCGGAAAUGAAGAAACCAUCGGUUUCCGAAAAGGCAGAAUACCCGAAAAGCGAAAGGAAUGGUAUCAAACAUAAACCAACUAAUUCCUGGAAAAAUAAUGAAGUAGUACAAAACGGCGUUACUAAAGAGACGAAUGGAAACAAAACUCAACCUGUCCGUAGCGAUUCUCUAGACAUCAAACAUGUGGAAAAAUCUGACAGUCCAAUUUCACCAUCAACACCCAAUUAUUCAUCCGAAAUAAGUUCACAAUCAGAAUCACCUUCCAUAAUACAGGAUGAUACUAAAUCCAAAAACCUCAUAACAAUGUCUGAAGACGAAGUACCUAUAGUCGAAAAUACGGAAAACAACAGGGUUAGAAAAAGACGACGUUGGGACGUUAGAGUGGAAAACGGAAACGAAGAAAACGGUUCCAUACCUCGAGCUGAAGUACAGAAUGAUCUAAAAAUAGUCGAACAGGAUUUUGCACAGUUGAGGGAUCAGUUAUAUCGUGAGCAAAUUGAAGAAUUGGAAAAGGACAUUAAAAUGAUAAAUGAAGGGACUCAUCCGGAAUUGAUUGCUCGCAUGGAAGAAAUUGAACAAAAAAGGCGUAGACGGUUAGAAAUAGCCGAAUCAAGAAAGAAAUAUCAAGUAAUCCAUUGUCACAAACAAUAUGAAGAAGCGGAAUAUAAGGCACAAUGCGAAUUUAUGUCGGAUAAAUACGAAUCACGAAGGAAGAAGCUCGACGAUAUGGAAAGCAAAAGAUGGCAAUUGAUUAAGGAAAAGAAUUGUUUAGAUAUAUUGGGCCGAAUAGCUGUUGCUGCUUUAUCUUCAUCUUCAUCACCUAAGAUAAAUACUAUAACUGGUCCAUUUCUGGAUGGUGACAACAAUACAUUCCUUGAAGAAACAGACAGUGAUAUAUAUGCUGCAGGUGAUCGUUUCCUAUACCAUGGACAAUGGUUCGCUAAAGGUGACCAUGUUCUUAUUAGUGAUUCUACAUCAGGGCGCUAUACUGCGAAAUUUGUUGCUGCUACGGAUUCUGAGGUUGUAAUACAGCGUCCUGAUGGUUCAAAAACACGAUUACAAAUGAAUUUAUUGAAAGAAAGGAAAUAUCAAAUACAUUUAAAGGAAUCAUAG